AGAGCCGGUCUGCGCUGUGCGCGCGCCGUCGCCGCUGUCUCCCACCCACCCCCUCGACGGGAGGGUGAGGAGCGGCGGAGUGAUCAGGCUUCUGAGGCCCUGUGCGCGUGCGCAGCGAACAGCUGUCACCCAGUGCGGAACAAGUCUUCCAAAUUUCCCAAAUCUCCCCGGGCGGGAGGCCACAGUCUUCCUUCUCAUCCUCUUUCUUCGGGUCGUGUCCUCGCCCCACCCGCGCGCCAGAGACUGCCCUAGCCAUCAUGGAGGUGGUGGAGGCAGACAGUCCUCUGAAUCCCAGCUGUAAAAUAAUGACCUUCAGACCCUCCAUGGAGGAGUUCCGGGAGUUCAACAAAUAUCUUGCAUACAUGGAGUCUAAAGGAGCCCACCGGGCAGGUCUUGCAAAGGUGAUUCCCCCUAAGGAGUGGAAGCCCAGACAAUGCUAUGAUGACAUUGAUAAUUUGCUUAUUCCAGCACCAAUUCAGCAGAUGGUCACAGGGCAGUCGGGACUGUUUACUCAAUACAACAUCCAGAAAAAAGCUAUGACCGUGAAGGAGUUCAGGCAGUUGGCCAACAGUGGCAAAUAUUGUACUCCAAGGUAUUUGGAUUAUGAAGAUUUGGAGCGCAAGUACUGGAAGAACUUAACUUUUGUGGCACCUAUCUAUGGCGCAGAUAUUAAUGGGAGCAUAUAUGAUGAGGGUGUGGAUGAAUGGAACAUAGCUCGUCUAAAUACAGUCUUGGAUGUGGUUGAAGAAGAGUGCGGUAUUUCUAUUGAGGGUGUAAAUACCCCUUAUCUUUAUUUUGGAAUGUGGAAAACCACAUUUGCGUGGCACACUGAGGACAUGGACCUCUACAGCAUUAAUUAUCUCCACUUUGGAGAGCCCAAGUCUUGGUAUGCUAUACCCCCAGAGCAUGGAAAACGACUUGAGAGACUAGCUCAAGGUUUUUUCCCAAGCAGUUCCCAAGGAUGUGAUGCAUUUCUUCGCCACAAGAUGACACUGAUAUCUCCAUCAGUUUUGAAGAAAUACGGUAUUCCCUUUGACAAGAUCACUCAGGAGGCUGGGGAGUUUAUGAUCACUUUCCCGUAUGGCUACCAUGCUGGUUUCAAUCAUGGUUUCAACUGUGCAGAGUCUACAAAUUUUGCUACUGUCAGAUGGAUUGACUAUGGAAAAGUUGCUAAAUUGUGCACUUGCAGGAAAGACAUGGUGAAAAUUUCUAUGGAUAUCUUUGUGAGGAAAUUUCAGCCAGACAGAUAUCAGCUUUGGAAACAAGGAAAGGAUAUAUACACCAUUGAUCAUACAAAGCCCACUCCAGAAUCCACCCCUGAGGUGAAAGCAUGGCUGCAGAGGAGGAGGAAAGUAAGAAAAGCAUCCCGGAGCUUCCAGUGCACUAGGUCUCAUUCUAAAAGGCCUAAGGCUGAGGAGGAUGAGGAGGUGUCUGCAGAUGUCGAUGAGGCAGAGGACCCUAAUCAUGAUGCAGGCAUGGAGGACCUCAAGGUCAGAGAAAAGCCAGAAGCAGCAGCAAAGCUAGGUAACACAGAAGCACCUUCAGAAGACAGGGUGCAAAUGGAUCAGCACUUCUCAGAUAAUAUCAAUGUUUCAGGAAGCAGCUGCUCAAGUACAUCUGUAAUGGAGGAACUAAAAACUGAGUGUGCCAAGGCCGGUGCCACAAUUAUACCUGCUUUGCCCAGAGAGGCUAAUGACUCUAUACCAUUGUAUACUGGGCAUGAGGAGGUUGAAGAGUCAGAUCCACCUAAGCUUCCAUGGCCAAAAUCACCUGAGUCAACUUCCUCAGUGACAGAGAGUUAUGGUGUGUUUACAGAGGGAGAAGAGAGUGAUAUGGAAGGCCUCAGGAGUGGCCUUGAACCUGGGGAAAUACCCGCCGUCCUCAGUGAAGAGAGAAAUGGCUUCAAAGUUCCCAGUAUAAUGGAGGCAGAGACCAAAACUGCUAAGAGUUGGCGCCAUCCACUUAGUAAGCCUCCAGCCAGAUCCCCAAUGACUCUUGUGAAGCAACAGGCAACAAGCGAUGAAGAGUUGCCUGAAGUUCCAUCAGUUGAGGAAGAAGUAGAAGAAACAGAGACUUGGGCGAAGCCUCUUAUUCACCUUUGGCAGACAAAGUCCCCUAACUUUGUGGCUGAACAAGAAUAUAAUGCAGCAGCAGCAAAAAUGGAGCCACACUGUGCCAUCUGCACUCUGCUCAUGCCAUACUACAAGCCAGAUAGCAGCAAUGAAGAAAAUGAUUCUAGAUGGGAGACCAAAUUAGAUGAGGUGGUUGCAUCAGGAGGAAAGACUAAGCCCCUCAUUCCCGAGAUGUGUUUUAUUUAUAGCGAAGAAAAUAUAGAAUAUUCUCCACCCAACGCCUUCCUUGAAGAGGAUGGAACAAGCCUUCUGAUUUCUUGUGCUAAAUGCUGCGUACGGGUUCAUGCAAGCUGUUAUGGUGUUCCUUCUCAUGAGAUCUGUGCUGGAUGGCUCUGUGCCCGGUGCAAAAGAAAUGCCUGGACAGCAGAAUGCUGUCUCUGCAAUUUGAGAGGGGGCGCUCUUAAGCAAACUAAGAAUAAUAAGUGGGCCCAUGUCAUGUGCGCCGUUGCGGUCCCAGAAGUUCGAUUCACUAAUGUCCCAGAAAGGACACAAAUAGAUGUAGGCAGAAUACCUUUACAGAGGUUAAAAUUGAAAUGCAUCUUCUGCAGACACCGUGUUAAGAAGGUCUCUGGAGCUUGCAUCCAGUGUUCUUACGGCCGCUGCCCAGCUUCCUUCCAUGUCACUUGUGCCCAUGCUGCUGGGGUACUGAUGGAGCCUGACGAUUGGCCUUAUGUGGUGAACAUCACGUGCUUCCGACACAAGGUCAAUCCAAAUGUGAAGUCCAAGGCUUGCGAGAAGGCCAUCUCUGUGGGUCAGACGGUCAUCACGAAGCACCGCAAUACACGGUAUUAUAGCUGCAGGGUGAUGGCUGUAACAUCACAAACCUUCUACGAGGUCAUGUUUGAUGAUGGCUCCUUUAGCAGAGACACGUUUCCUGAGGACAUCGUGAGCCGAGACUGCUUGAAGCUGGGUCCUCCUGCAGAGGGAGAAGUUGUCCAAGUCAAGUGGCCUGAUGGCAAACUCUAUGGGGCGAAAUAUCUUGGAUCAAAUGUUGCCUAUAUGUACCAGGUUGAGUUUGAAGACGGAUCCCAGAUAGCAAUGAAGAGAGAGGACAUCUAUACCUUAGAUGAAGAAUUACCCAAGAGAGUGAAGGCUCGUUAUUCCACAGCGUCUGAUAUGCGAUUUGAAGACACCUUUUAUGGAACAGACAUAAUCCAGGGGGAAAGGAAGCGACAAAGAGUGCUGAGCUCCCGGUUUAAGAACGAGUAUGUGGAUGAUCCUGUGUAUCGCACUUUUUUGAAGAGCUCUUUCCAGAAGAAGUGUCAGAAGAGACAAUAGUCAGUAUACACUGCUGCAGGCAACAGAGCUGCUUGGACCAGAAGAGAAAAGAUGAAGGGACCACCUAGGGGCAGUGCCAUGUGUUUUGCUAGGGGAGGUGACUGGCUAUGUCUCUGACAGUGGUAAAACAGGCUUCCAGCAUUUGCUCACCAAGCAUACAGAAUACACAUAUUAGUUGAAUUCAGCAAUCAGAAGUCAUCCCCUGGUCUUGCUUUCACUUGUGAGCAAUUGUUUUCUAUGAUCCCAAAGAAUUUUUCUAAGUGAAAGGAAAUAAUAGUGAAUGAUCUACUAGAUAAAGCCACUGCCAGAGAGGAGGCAGGUCCCCAAAUGUGUCCCAGACCCUUCAUCAGGAAACACAUGGAGGCAUCUGUCCCCCAACUCCAGUAGGUGGGAGCUGCAUGCCCCAGGUGGGAGGGUGAUAAUUUAUAUAUUUUCCACAGUCAGGGAAGGACUCUCACUUAUUUGUUUUAAAUGGCAGUUUUUAUAAAACAUUUUUAAAACACAAAUGGCAUGUAUGGUAAUGAGAUUUACCCGUGUGCUAUCUGUAUUCCCUUGUACAGAACUUUUACAUUUUUUUAUAUUCCUAUUACUUUUGAUUGUGUCUGAUGAGAACUGAGUUGGCCUUUGUGAAAUGAAAUAUUUGGCUCUUGAGGAAGAAUUCUUAUGAAUUCUGUGGGAAUUUUAUAUAUUUAAAGAGGGAGAUCUGGGGCUGUUAUUUUUAAACACUUUUUUUCAUAAUACCUAUUCUGAGUAGAUAUUUAUAAAGUAUAUGUUUCUUUCAUUAUGUGUUUAUAAAAUUAGAGUUUAAAUAAAUAUGCUUUGAUGCAGAGUUUUGAACUAAUGUAACAUGAUUUUUCCUUUUUAAACAGCCUGAAAAUGUACUCGUGUUUAAAAAUAAAGAUUUCCAUUUUCUCCUA